UCAAUUUGGUGCGCGCUCUCCAAACAGUGUCUGACUGUUACCCCAAUAGUUUGGUCAACUUUCGAACCACAAACCCCCGUCUUUCGACCGGCUCGAUUGGUCACCAGGCAGCAGCCCAUAUCCACCUCUCUACUCCGCAAUACUCGGCACCCCAGAUGUCCGCCACAAUCCAAACUCCCCUUCUCUCCCCGCCCGCUGUUUCUCCGUCAGCCCCAACGCCUCGUCGCCGCCGCCCCGCUGCACGCCAAUCCCGUACCCGCGACGAAGACGUGAUCGGCCACGUCCUGAUGAACAAGAAGAAAUUCAAGUGCGCCGAUUCAAGCUGCAAUGACUUGACUUUUGGUCGUCUCGCCGACCUGCGUCGACACCACGAGCAGCAACACGCCCGCAACCGAGUCCAAUACUUUUGCAGUUACGCCGGGUGCCCUCGCAGCCACGCAGAAACGGGUGGAAAGGGUCGUAGCUUUGGGACUCGAAAAGACAAGAGAGACGAGCACGAAAGAAACGUCCACGAGAGGAACAACAGUGAUCAGGGCUAUUCCCUCGCGGAAAGCUUCUGAUACCUUCCCGAUCCGGAUGGAUAUAUUGACCAACCUAAGGACCCAUGUGCCCACUCGACAUGGACCAGCCUUAUGUUCCAACGACUUUGACACUUUUCGGUUGGGACCAUACGUUCUGUACUAUACCCGUUACCCGGCGUUUCCACCUGACUUCUGGUUUUCGGCCACGGCUUCUCCGGCCCCACUUCGACUUUCUGGCACGGCUUUACG